AAAUGCAUUUCACCGCCCUUCUCUUUCCUUUGGCAUUUCCGUCCCGUGUUGCGUAGACUUUUUCGCCAAAUUUACAAUCACAUCCAAUUCAGUUGGUGGCUGACAAUUGUGGUGAAGAGUUGGCACUUUAGUUCUUACCAUAGUGCGAAGGAUGCUCAGUGUAUGGUGACAUUUUGACUAUGAUGACUAAACGAUUGAAAAGUUAUAAUCUUGCAGCUUCAAAUAAGCAUUAUACACCCUACCUAAACGACCAAUCGCGAGAUUGUACUCAAAGUAGUGACAAACCGGUGAAAAUGGUGCCAACAGACAAAUCAACAAGUCAUGAGACUACACUAGAGUGUCAAAUACAAGCCACAGCUACCGAGGAUGCUGCAGUGGAAGCUCCAGGAACUGUGGUAGAUGAUAGUGGGGAACGGAAGAGAAAACAUGAAGAGUGCGACGAGAAUGAGGCCAACAAUAACUGCAGUGAUACUUGUCCUGGUGGAAAAAAGAUAAAAUUUGACACACAUAGAGAGAAAAUGAUAGAGUUGUACCAGCCGUGGGUCCUCAAGACAUAUGGUGAUCUGGCUAAAACGAAGACAAUUACGUUACGUAAGCAAGCGAGAAUAAUAAAAGCCCUUUCUGGACAAGAGACCAACAAUCCGGACAGCUCCAAAUUUAGGUUUUGGGUGAAGGCAAAAGGUUUUACAACCGAGCGCCCAGUCGACUUCAAAGGAGAUCUGAACUUGAAUGAGGACCUAGUGGAGAAGCCCAACAAACACUGCUUGCUCUAUGUCCCAAAUUUCACAAAGGAAACUCCACAACUAUACCGACGAGUGGCUAUUGUUGAAUUAUUUUUCGAUAUCAUCUUUGGUGUUCACGUUGGGCUUGGUGGACGGUCUGGUCGCCAUGCUGGACAGAAGAGAACUUAUAGAACUAUCACGGAAUCGUAUGCAUUUCUGCCCCGUGAGGCUGUCACAAAGUUCCUCUCUGGAUGUGUUGUAUGUAAAAAGCUGCCAACACCGUACUCGCCAUUGCAUUUAGAUGAUGCUGAGAGUCCCACUGAAUGCGAUAGUAGUCCACACCAAUCAGUGGCAAAUUCGUCCGACAAUCGAUUAUUAAUUAACAAUCAACCAGAGACGCGAGAGAAUUGCGAUUUGGCUGAAAGUGAAACGGAUGUAGGGACCGAGCAGAAAUCAACUAUUUCGUCAAGUAUAAUUCAACUGCCUAUUGAUUGGGAGGAGAGAAUUUCGGUUGAAUACAAUAGAGUUAAAUCGGAUCAAACAGAAAAAAGCCACACUAUUUUGAACAGGGAUACCCAAUUGGCUAUUCCCGGGAAUACUUUCAAUGGAAUACCUAACAUCGAACAUUUCAACACUACCAGGAGUCAACUCUAUGAGUACUAUCACCUUCUGAAAGCCUUCUACGACAGUUCUACCCAAUCAAAAACUCCCACGAAUGCAGCUGCAGUCAAAGCAGAACAAACCAACAAUUUUCCAAUGAAACCACCACCUCCAAUGGAUGAAAAAGAUUCCAAAAGCAUUGUGAUAAAUCCACCAACACUGCCCUUUAAUGAAAAGAACAUGUGUGAAAUGAAAAUUCCGUGCAAAACCACUCCACCGAAAAAACGAUACAACAACUACAGUCAGAAUGUUAGCAAGACAAGAGAGGAGGAUGACACAUUGCCACAGUCAAUAAACUUUACUGGUACUUCGAAAAUUUCAACAGCCGUUAUCAUGGCGACUUUGCGAUCAAAUGAUCCCAUUACAUCCACCUACCUAAAGUUAACCAGAAGCAUGGGACUGAGCGAUGAAGAUGCCCUCAGAAUUGACGAUCUGGAAUCACCGACUAUUGCGACAACGUCAACUGGAGGAGGAGGAUCAACUUCAACAACCACUUCUACUAAUCCAGAACACACCGAAACUCACACAGAAGAUCCCUAUACUGGACUUAUGAAAGAUGCUGAUAAACUAAAAUUAAUGCUUUUAGCGUGGAAUUAUCAAAAUUCCAAUGCAGCUCGAAAUGGUACUGAAGGUCCUGAUUUAGGAAUGGUAGGUGGACUUUGGGCACAAUAUCAAAAUGCACUUGCCUUGAAUGGAAAACAAUUGUCGCCAAGUGGUCGUGUAGAUCCUUCAAGUCCUGUUGAAAAUCAAGACGAGACCAAUUCUUCUGGCCAAAAAGAUGACGAUGAGUUAUCCGAGGAUGACUCAGAGGAUAGAAUUGACGCAAAUGCACAAGAUCCUGAACGUCUAAAGGCUUUCAAUAUGUUUGUUCGACUAUUUGUGGAUGAAAAUCUGGAUCGCAUGAUACCAAUUUCGAAACAGCCAAAGGAGAAAAUUCAGGCAAUUAUUGAUUCAUGUACUAGACAAUUUCCUGAGUUUGCUGAGCGUUCCCGUAAAAGAAUAAGGACAUACCUCAAAUCAUGUCGACGCAACAAGAAAACCCGCGAUGGUUGGGAAAAUACUUCACGACCGACACCAGCACAUUUGACAUCAGUUCAAGCAGAACAAAUAUUGGCAUUAGCAUGCGAAAACGAAAGUAUGAAUGCGAAACGGAUGCGUUUGGGAUUAGAACCGAUCAGUCAAAAUGUAACGCCCACCGUAAAUACUACCGUUGAUACAACAAUAGCUAACUAUUCAAUAAUGAAAACCGCUACAGAAAAUGACCCUAUAAAUACGCCAUCGACUUCGGUAUCCAUGAAGACAACAACCUCAGCAACAAGUGUUACCGAUACUAAAACCAUAAACACUACACAAAAUGAAAAUGGUAUCAGUACAAAUACUUUAUAUCGUGCAGAUUAUAGCAUCAACUCUAAUACAUAUAAUCCCCGAACUAAUAACUACCAAAAUUUCUUCAAUAACAACACUCCAUCAAAUGUUCCCACAGAUUUGUCAAUGAAGCAACCACAGAGGCCACCAAUUCUGUCUCAUAAACUGAAUGCAACGGAAAUGAAUGCUGUUCGUCAAUUGGUGACCGGCUACAGAGAAAGCGCAGCGUUCCUCUUGCGUUCAGCAGAUGAGCUGGAAAUAUUGCUGCAGCAGCAACAAUAGAAAAUUUAAUGAAAAAGAAAAAAAAUUAAGUCUCCAUUUGCACAAUUUUGACAAAUGACAAAACAAUUAAAUUUUUUUUCAUUCCUUGAUAUCUAUUAACAUUUAAAGGACAAAAAAAAAUUGAAAGUUUCAUAGACAUAAAGCAUUAUCACCGGAAAUCACAAAGAGUGAGUUAAAUUUAAAAAUAUUAUACCACAAGCCGGAUAAUGAAACGUAUUUUAAAUUAAGUUGCAAAUUUAACACAAAUACAUAGAUAGACACAGAAUUCAUAAUGUACAACAAUUAACACAUAUUGUGUGUAGGUACUAACAGAUGAAUACCUUUCGUAUUUAUUGUAAAAUCCAAAUUAUAACAACGGGUAAUAAUUAACGAAACUGAAGAAAAAGAAUAAGAUGUAGAUUAUUAUGUAACACAUAUUGAAUAUUUCUACGAAUAAGAUAGAAAUGUUUUAUA